AUGCCGCCACCGGAGAAGCGUCGGCGAUGCGAAGAAGGUUCUCCGACCGAAAGUGAGAUGCAGAGCUUCGGGGGUCCACGGAUAACUGUGGAGGAGGAGACUUCCUCAUCCUCCUCCACCUGCUCCUCCUCUUUUCCAUUAUCUUUCCCCUCCUCCUCCUCUUCUACUUCCUCCUCCUACUAUCCCCUAAUGUCUAGCACCCCAGAGGAGAUUUCUGAUGCUGCUGGGACAUCAAGUCCUUCCCAGAGUCCUCAGGCAGCUGGCCUCCCCACCCCUCUCAUCACCUCCACCCCAGUAAGCGAAUCUGAUGCGGGCUCCAGCAGCCAGCAGCAGGAGAGUCCAGGCCCCUCACAAGCCUUAGCAGACAUACAGCCCUUGUCCAGGAAUGAGAUAGAUGAAAAGGUAGCUGAUUUGGUGGCGUUCCUGCUAUCCAAGUAUCGAAAUAAGGAACUUUUCACUGAGGCAGAAAUGCUGACAGUUGUCUUCAAAAAUGACAAAGAUCAUUUCCCUCUGAUUUUCAGUGAAGCUUCCGAGUGUAUGCAGAUAGUCUUUGGUAUCCAGGUGAAGGAAAUGGACCCCACUGAGCGAUCCUUCAUCCUUGUCACAAACUUGGGCCUCACCUAUGAUGGGAUGCUCAAUGAUGUUGAGAGUAUGCCCAAAACUGGCAUUCUGAUACUUAUUCUGAGCAUAAUCUUUUUGGAGGGUAACUGCGCUUCUGAGGAGGUCAUCUGGGAAACACUGAAUGUGUUGGGGCUGUAUGCUGGGAUGGAGCACUUCAUCUAUGGGGAGCCCCAGAAGCUCCUCACCCAUGACUGGGUGCAUGAGAAGUACUUGGUGUACCGGCAGGUGCCCCAUAGUGACCCUGUGCGCCAUGAGUUCUUGUGGGGUCCGAGGGCCCACGCUGAAACCAGCAAGAUGAAUCUCUUACAGUUUUUGGCCAAGGUCCAUGGGAGUGAUCCUAGAUCCUUCCCAGUGUGGUAUGAAGAGGCUUUAAGAGAAGAGAGAGAGAGAGCCAAGGCCAGAAUUUCCCCCUCAGAUGAUACUGACAUGGCCAGUGCAAGUCCUGGUGCUACCUGCAGCUCCUACUCCAACUAA